UGGAUGGAUGACUGGAGUUUCCCUUGCGGUCUGAAGAUUAAUGGAAGGGGGUCUGUUGAUCUGAGGAAUCGACUAUCAGGUGGUCGGUCGCAGGAAACCACUGCACUUGACGGCUUGUUUAGAAACGAAUGGAGAAAUAUCUGUCUUAACAGCGGAAAAAAACGAGUAGCCUGGACACCAGUUUUGUCAUCCAGGUUUCCUCUGAAAAGGCCUGCCUACACAGAGAUAGCACCUGGUUAGCUCAGGCCAGGAUACGACUGCAAGGGACGCUAGAAGCUAACGCUAGCUUCCUCGUUAGACAGACAGAAAACGGCUUUCGACGACCUGUGUCUGGACCGGAUUUUUGGACAAACCAAACCUUAUCUGGAAAUAGAGGACGGUCAAGUGACACCCUAAUUCGCCGGUGCUCGCUUGGAAAUAGACCAGCUAACAAGCUGACAUCCGCUGGCUGUACAGUUAGCUAACGUGCUAGCUUAGCUAACCCACAGCGCAAGUAUUAGGUGCAGACUUGGAUAUACUCGGGUGUCUGGAGUUUCCCGAACUCGUAACGAAUAAGUAUUGGAGUAAAUCUUUUUUCAUUCGUUAAUCAAUAAUGAUAGCUGUUAGCUAGUAGCUAGCUGUCAGCUUCAUUGAGUUCAGCGACAGCGUUAGCGGUGUAAUAUCACUCAACGACUUGUAAAAGAACUCAUUCCGAGCCCAGGGAGUCCACCAUCAGCCUGCCAUCAUGGGCAACACGCCCACCGCAAAGAAAGGCAAUGAGAUGGAGAGUGUGAAGGAGUUUCUUGCCAAAGCCAAAGAAGACUUCCUGAAAAAAUGGGAGAAUCCAGCACAGCAAACUGCGGCACUGGACCACUUUGAGCGUCUGAAGACUUUAGGCACUGGUUCAUUUGGUCGAGUCAUGUUGGUGAAGCACAAAGAGACAGGCCAGCAUUUUGCCAUGAAAAUACUUGACAAACAGAAGGUCGUGAAGCUGAAGCAGAUAGAACACACGCUGAACGAGAAACGUAUCCUGCAAGCUGUCAGCUUUCCCUUCCUGGUGCGACUGGAACACUCUUUUAAGGAUAACAGUAAUCUCUAUAUGAUAAUGGAGUAUGUGCCUGGAGGUGAAAUGUUCUCUCACUUAAGGAGGAUUGGUAGAUUCAGUGAACCACAUGCCCGCUUUUACGCAGCCCAGAUUGUACUGACCUUUGAAUACCUUCACUCACUGGAUCUCAUCUACCGAGAUCUGAAGCCGGAGAACCUGCUCAUCGACCAGCAAGGUUACAUACAGGUAACAGAUUUUGGAUUUGCGAAAAGGGUGAAGGGCCGAACCUGGACGCUUUGCGGGACUCCAGAGUACCUGGCGCCAGAGAUCAUCCUCAGUAAGGGUUACAAUAAAGCAGUGGACUGGUGGGCCCUGGGAGUACUGAUAUAUGAGAUGGCUGCUGGAUACCCCCCCUUCUUUGCUGACCAGCCCAUUCAGAUUUAUGAAAAGAUUGUAUCAGGGAAGGUUCGCUUUCCAUCCCACUUCAGCUCAGACCUGAAGGAUCUGUUGAGAAAUUUGCUGCAGGUGGACCUUACCAAGCGCUUUGGCAACCUCAGGAAUGGAGUCAAUGAUAUCAAGGGUCACAAGUGGUUUGCCACCACUGAUUGGAUUGCCAUCUACCAGAGGAAGGUUGAAGCUCCCUUUAUUCCUAAGUGCAAAGGCCCUGGUGACACAAGCAACUUUGAUGACUACGAGGAAGAGGAAAUCAGAGUCUCCUUCACAGAGAAGUGUGCAAAGGAGUUUGCCGAGUUCUAGAUUCCAACCACAAGUAGCGGACACGAGAGAGAGAGAGGGGAUUUAGAAAGUAAAAGGGGGUCUGAACACAGGAAGCACUAGCGUGGACUGAUAACUUGCUUAUUUGUGAUGAGGAUAACAAUGUAAAAUCCCCCAAUGGAAAGGUAGGCAAAGUGAAGACAGAUCCAACAGAACCAGCAGUGUUGCCUUUUCUGAUUGUUUCUCAACUGUUACCUAUUCAUUUUAUUUAUCCCUCUUGUGUUUGUGGCAGGGGCUUGACGAGAACAGGCACAGGUUGUGACUGUUCAGCUAGACUUGUAUCUUUCUGAUGGUGUAAUGACAGUCUUUGCAGGUUGAGGCACUGAUUUUCUGUUAAGGUACUGAAUCUGCUAGGCUCCUUUUUUUCUUUUUUUUUGAAUGGGCACUUCUCUACAAGUUUCUCUAAGAAUGAUUGUUGUAUCUUGUCACCCCGGUUACCCCACUCCUUCCCCACCUUCUCCAUCUCUCCAUUCUGAAUCUGUCCAAGCAAUACCAAGUCCAACAGAUGUGCCUAUCAUAAUGCCAACUGGUUGGAAAACUGUGUUGAAAGAAUUGGUGCAGAGUUGCGGCUGUCUGCGGCGGCAUCGGUCCUCGUGCCCGUUUUGAUUGAAAGCUUGAAAACUCUCUGCACCUGCCUUUGUCUGCUCAAUGUGGCAUGAUUAUUGGGUAGAUGAUGCACUCUGCUGCUUGCACUUGAAGCAGUGGUGACCUCUUUGAUCAGAGUGAAAAUGAUUUAUCACAGUAAACUUCUGGGUCUUAGUCCUUCGGGGACCUGUGAGAAGUAAACAUGAGGUCUGGAUUUAAGUCUGUCUUUCUCUUAGCUGAAUUUAUUAGAGCAUUUUAAAAAUCUUAUUGGUGAUCAUUUUGUCCUUUUUAUGUCAAAUCUCUGUGCUUGUGUGUUAUUUAGUGCUCAAGGGUGGGUUAAAAAGCUGUGAUUUAGCAGCAGCUAACAUUGUGGUCACACUCCUGACUAUUGUUUAUUUAAUUCAUAGAACAUUUAUACAUGUAUAUUGAUAUAUGAUAGAGAACAUGAAAUAUCCAUCUUUUUCAAAAAUUGUCUCAUAGCUGUGAAACUGAAUUAAGAUUUCAUAAAUAAACGGAUAUAUAAAUUCUGCCAAAUUUGCAAACUGAGAACAUUGCAGUUUUCUGUAUGUAACUAUGACGGUGGUGGAUUUUAAUACGCAAAACAGUAGCAAAACGUUUCAACAACAUGUGCAUGUUAUUUUUGUAUAAUAUCACUUUUAAAGAAAGAUGGCAGAGCAUUGUGUUUUAUUUGUGCUGACGUACCCGAGAUCGUGGAUAACAUGUUUAAUAUUAAAAUGGACACUCAGUGCUCUAUUGAAGAUGGAACAGGACCCAGUGAAAUGUGUCUGGGCUCAGUUCAUUAUCCAGCUGUAGGGCAACAGUUUGCAGAUAACUGUCACUGAACUUGUGCUUCUCACCUUGACAAUUGUUUUUUUUUCCCCCUUUUCUCUUUCUCAUGUAUGUUCCUUACAUGUAACACCUUCACAUAGAUUUGCAGUCCAACCUCAUUUUUUGUGGGGGACUGUUGGAUUGAAGUGUUUUGUUUCCAGUUUUCAGCUUUCUAUGUAACAAAUUAAACUAAGGAAGCUAUCCUAAAGCUGUCCCCUUUUGCCAAGUUUAUUUCUGUGGAUGCAAGACAAUCGCAGACCAAAUCUUAUUGCUGGUUUGUCAACUGAACACAUUGUUUUUGGUUCGAUGAAGGAUGUACGCUUUCGCCCACUCACCCGCCCCCUCCAUAGGCCCUAUAGGUGCUAGACUUUGUCCAUCUCACUGAAAAGCUUCUGUGAAUUGUUUGAUGUGCUUCAGUCUAUCUGUCAUGAAUUCUUGUAAACAUGACAUUUUUAGAAUGUUUUUGGACUAAAUGAUUUCAGUAGGCUUGUGUAAUUAUUUUUGGCAGUGUCUUAAUGUAAUUGAGAUCAAACGCAGGAUACCUAUUUGAAUGUCUUGAACAGUCUGAUGGAGAUGUUUCAGUGCUGUUUGGAAACGUGUGUAUUUUUUUCUUUCUAUUUUUUUUUUUUUUUUUUUUUUACAAUACACAUUUCUUUGGUGAGCUUGGUUUUUUUUUUUCCUUGCAUGUAGUAAAACAGCCCAGUAGCGAGACUUCCCCUGGACCUGUUCGAGAAAUCAUUGUUUCCGCAGCUAACAGUCUUGUUGCUGAUUAACCUUUGAUUUGUUAGAGCAUCACACUAAACCGUGCAGUGGAUCACCAACCAACUUGUCCAGUCUUUUUCAAAAUAGUGAAGCACACGCCAUACCUUUUCAGAUUGAAUUCCUCUGUGCUAAUUCUUUGAAACCUUCAAGACACAAUGUAAUGCUUUGACGAGAGCACAUGUAAUAUCUUUUCGCCUUUAAGUCCUGACAAAUAACUAAAUCAGAGUUGGUGGGUAGAAGGCAAUGCCACUCGAUCCACUUCAGACACUGAAGCCAUCACAGUGGGGUUUUUUUGUUUCUUUGUUUCCCAUUCAAAACUUCUUGUCAGUUGUCUUUAUUUUCUUUUUUUCUAUCAGCUGAACACUAUCAACUGCUCUGUGCUACUUUAAGUUUUUCUCCUGUUUGCCUUCUAUUUUCAUCAGGUCUCCACACACUCUUCAUUCAGACAUAACACUUUUUACAUCUGAGAUGUUUUGCGCUCAUAUUUUCUAAUUGUAUUUUCAAAAAAAGGAAGAAAAAAAAGCAAAAACAACAUUAAUCUUUUUUCCUCAUGACCUGGGUACAGUGAUUGUGUAGUCUAUUGUACCUUUUGGGAAACAAUACUGUAUAUCCUUGCCUUUGACAGUCUUAACUAUCUUACCCUCUGGAGAACUUGACAGAUACCCUUAGAACACAAUGAGUAUGUUAAAAAAAAAUAUAUACAUAAAGUAAUAUUUUGCAAAAUGUAUCAUUCCAAUAAAGUUUUACUUGUUAAGACUAA